AUGAGGCUAAUAGUAACUACUAUCGUGGGAAUCGUUUUUGGAUUCUUUUUAGGUGUAUCUUUUCCUACACUUUCACUGACAAAGGUUCAUCUACCUUCGAGCCUGUUUUCUUCUAUAGACCUUACUUACAUUGAGGACAAGUACUCGGGUCUCUCAACUCAAGCACUGUUAAAUAUGUGGUCUUCUCUUAAGGGUCAUAAAGGCAGCUCACACAAAGUAAAUAACACUAAGAUCUGGGUUUCCACCAAUCCUCGAGGAGCUGAGAGACUACCACCUGGCAUUGUUACAUCAGAGUCUGAUUUGUAUCUUCGCAGAUUGUGGGGUCAUCCUGGCGAGGACUUAAUUAUCAAACCUAGGUACCUUGUAACCUUUACUGUUGGCUAUGAGCAGAGAAAAAACAUUGAUGCUGCAGUUAAAAAGUUGACAGAGAACUUUAUGAUUCUGUUAUUUCACUACGAUGGCCGGGUAAGUGAAUGGGAUGAAUUUGAGUGGUCAAAAUCGGCUAUCCAUGUGAGUGUGCUGAAGCAGACUAAAUGGUGGUACGCUAAGCGUUUUUUGCACCCUGAUAUUAUGGCACCCUUCGAUUAUAUAUUUAUCUGGGAUGAGGACCUGGGAGUCGAGCAAUUUGAUCCAGAGGCAUAUAUAAAACUGGUGAGGAAGCAUGGUCUAGAUAUUUCACAGCCAGGGUUAUCUGCAGAUAGUGGCAUGACAUGGCAGAUGACGAGAAAACGAGAUGACACUGAAGUUCACAAAGAAACAGAGGAAAGACCGGGUUGGUGCACUGAUCCUCAUUUGCCACCAUGUGCAGCAUUCGUCGAGAUCAUGGCACCUGUGUUUUCUCGAAAUGCAUGGCGCUGUGUCUGGCAUAUGAUUCAGAAUGACUUGGUCCAUGGAUGGGGUCUUGAUUUUGCUCUCCAGAAAUGUGUUGAGCCAGCUCAUGAAAAAAUAGGAGUGGUAGAUUCUCAAUGGAUUGUGCAUCAAACAGUUCCUUCACUUGGAAACCAGGGUAAGGCAGAAAAAGGCAAGGCGCCAUGGGAAGGGGUAAGGGAGAGGUGUAGAAAUGAAUGGACAAUGUUUCAGGACCGCAUGACUGCUGCAGAAAAAGCCUACUAUGAUGCUAUGGGAAUUGAUCCACCCAAUUCCACAGCUCGUUAG